CUGAAACGGAUACUAGAUCUUAGAUCGCUCGUCUAGAACCGAACGAAAAAGCUAACCCAAUCGAAUUGUUACUAUGCAUUUUCAAUCGGAUGUUCACGUUCCUUAACCAGACUUGCCCUGGUAGCCACGCGUUUUAUGGUUCCUCCUAAAGCAACGCAUUGUCCCUUACCAUGAAAUGUUGCGAAAAAAUGCCAUUUAACAUCAAUAUCAUUGUUAUUCUUAUAUUAACAAAAACUGAAAUCGUGGCGCAAAUCUUUGGAAAUAACUACAAAACUUAAAUGAUUGAGCAUGGAUGAAAAGCUGCGCGCUGUGUAUUCCUGUGGUGAACUUUCAACACCGCAAAAUCCAAACUAAAUGGCCAAAAAAGGGAAAGCUAAAAAUGGACCGGAAAAAACGGAAGCCACUGCUAAUGUUACUGAUGCACCUGCGGUACCGAUUGCAGAUGCCAAUCCGGAUGAUGCAGCCGUAAAUCCCACUAAGGAAACUAUUAAAAUAACUGAAAAGUCAUUCGAAGAGACAAAGACCGUGAAGACGUCAAGUCCUACAGAGACCCAGAAACCUCUACCUUCCAAACAGAAGCAGCAAACUCACAAUAAGUUGGAAAAAGAAAUGAAACCCAAAGAAAAUUCUUCCAAGCAGGUUGUUGCUCCGGUAUCAAAUGGGGCCGCCGCUACAGGGGACUCUACCGCAGCCGAUGGUACAGGUAGCGAGCAUGAAGGUGGACAAACAUUGAAACGAAAACGAAACCGCCGAAAUCGUAGGAAGAAGACAAACGUGGACGGUGCGGUUGCGGAUCAACCGCUACCACAACAGCAAAACCAGCCGACGUCAGAUGAUCAGAAACCGAAGAAGGAACACAAAAAGAAGCGCGCGAAGAGACUGCGUGCUUUGGCUCUCGCGGAGGCGGCUGCUACUGCUCAAAUUGCCGCCGCAGAAGGUGCUAUCGCUAGCACCACUUCCGAUGCUCAAAAACAACCGGACAAUGUAGGGCAUCUGAAAAAGAAAAUCGAAAUAGCCGAAAAGGUGCUUCAGCAGGUUCAGCAGCAGGCUCAGGAAGAACAAAGAAAAGCAGACAGUUUGAAAGCUGAACAAUCGAACAAGAACAACAAACGCAACCGCAAGGAUUCCGAGUCACAAAAGUUAGUGCAAAAAGAGGCAGAAGUAAAAAAAAUUGCAGAAGAAAAGAAGGAGAUUCUAGGAGAAGCGAAAAAAUUGCAAGAGCAGAAGGCAAGAAAACAGCAAGAGAUACAAAAACUUCUCGCAGAAAAAGCCCAGAAAGAGGAUGAAGCUAAAAAACUAAUUGAAGAAAAAAAUCGUAAGGAAGCGGAAGCAGCUAAGCUCAAUGAACAAAAAGCACGCAUCGAAGCGGUCGAGCAAAAAAUCAACGAACUAGAACAGUUAAAAAUAGAUCUCCCUACAAAACAAGAACCGCAACAACCACAACAACAACAACGAGUACGAAAGGAAUCUGAAUCUAACAAGCAGAAAAAGCAGCCACAACAACAGCAACGAGAAAGAAAUGAUUCGGAAACUAAGAAAAAAACUACCGAGUCGCAAGUAAAGAACGGCUCGGCGAAAACGGCAACCGAACCAAAAACAUCCAAGGACGAGAAUGGUGCAUCAAAUAAAGCAGUGGUUGAGAAGGCUGUAACUGGUACAGUAUCAACCGCUGAAAAAGUCAUCGAAAAAGCUCUUGCUGAAAAAGGUGCCACAGAAAAAUCUGCGGCUGAGAAGGCCGCGAGAGAAAAGGCAGCCGCAGAGAAGACGGCGAAAGAGAAGGCUGCAGCUGGAAAAGCUGCCGCUGAAAAGGCCGCUGCAAAAAAGGCCGCAGAAGAUAAGGCUGCGAAGGAAAAGUUAGCCGCGGAAAAGGCCACUGCUGAGAAGGCCGCUGCUGAGAAGGUCGCCGCAGAAAAGGCCGCGGCUGAAAAGGCUGCUGCUGAGAAGGCCUCAACAGAAAAGGCCGCGGCUGAAAAGGCUGCCGCUGAGAAGGCCGCGAGAGAAAAGGCAGCCUCAGAGAAGGCCGCGAAAGAGAAGGCUGCCGCUAUAAAAGCCGCCGCUGAGAAUGCUGCAAAAGAAAAGGCUGCCGCUGAGAAGGCCGCUGCGGAAAAGGCCGCAGCAGAUAAGGCUGCGAAGGAAAAGUUAGCCGCGGAAAAGGCUGCUGCUGAGAAGGCUGCUGCUGAAAAGGCCGCAGAGAAAGCUGCCGCGGAGAAAGCUGCCGCAGUGAAAGCCGCCGCAGAGAAAGCCGCCGCAGAGAAAGCUGCCGCAGAGAAAGCUGCUGCAGAGAAAGCUGCUGCAGAGAAAGCUGCUGCAGAGAAAGCUGUCGCAGAAAAAGCUGCUGCAGAGAAAGCUGCCGCAGAAAAAGCUGCUGCAGAGAAAGCUGCCGCAGAGAAAGCUGCUAUAGAGAAAGCUGCCGCGGAGAAAGCUGCCGCAGAGAAAGCUACCGCAGAGAAAGCUGCUGCAGAGAAAGCUGCCGCAGAGAAAGCUGCUGCAGAGAAAGCUGCUGCAGAUAAAGCUGCUGCAGAUAAAGCUACCGCAGAGAAAGCUGCUGCAGAGAAAGCUGCUGCAGAGAAAGCUGCUGCAGAGAAAGCUGCCGCAGAGAAAGCUGCCGCAGAGAAAGCUGCCGCAGAGAAAGCUGCCGCAGAGAAAGCUGCCGCAGAGAAAGCUGCCGCAGAGAAAGCUGCCGCAGAGAAAGCUGCCGCAGAGAAAGCUGCCGCAGAGAAAGCUGCCGCAGAGAAAGCUGCCGCAGAGAAAGCUGCCGCAGAGAAAGCUGCUGCAGAGAAAGCUGCUGCAGAGAAAGCUGCUGCAGAGAAAGCUGCCGCAGAGAAAGCUGCCGCAGAGAAAGCUGCCGCAGAUAAGACUACCGUUGAGAAGGCUGCUGCAGAGAAAGCCGCCGCUGAGAAAGCUGCCGCAGAGAAAGCUGCUGCAGAGAAGGCUACUGCAGAAAAGGCUGCAGCGGAGAAAGCAGCCGUUGAACAAUCCACUGGGGGAACAAACCUAACAGAAAAAACUGUCGUGGAUAAAUCUACCACCGAGAAAACCGCAGCUAUAAAAACCUCCACUCCGGAUAUUGCCAAUGGAAACACUGAUGCAAAAAAACAGGACAUGAAACAAAACGAAAAAAAGCAAACAAAAUCGGACCAUAAAGGAAAUAAUAAAAAGAACAGACGAACUCCGAAGAAUAGUCUGUCUGAAGAUGAAAAACUUACCGGUCCAAAAAACGUGCAAAGCAGCGAUUUUGUCUCAUCUGUUAAGUCCGAACCAGUUGUAACAAAAUCGCUCGAAACCGCCGCAAUUGCCGCUGUUGCCGCUGCCUGUCCGGUUGCUGUAACGAAACCAGAAGAAAUCAAAUCUGUUUCGUCCGAAAAGACUGCCCCUAUAAAACCAACUCCAAUCGACCAGAAGAAGACUGCAUCACCACCCAAAACUAACGCAGCUCCGGUAAAAUUGAAGCCACAACCGGGUCCAACGAUCAGCGCUAAACCACUGACACCUUCCAAAUCACCAGAAAAGACACUGCCCAAAAUUUCAGCCCCGAUUCCUAACAAAAAAGCUCCCUCUCCGCCGAAAAUAGUUCCUACCCGAGCCUCACCAAAACCUGGAACGCCUCCAACAACUCCUAAACCUACUAAAAAACCUGAACUUCCGCCCAAGCCCGAGUUUCUCAAAAAGAAAUCUCCUUCGGUAGACAAGGAACAGCUGCCAACAACCAAAUUGUCAACUGCACCUGCAACACCUGCAACACCUUCCGUCACAGAAGCUGCGGCCACACAGGUACCAAGUUCAACCCCAGCUCCUAGUUCCACCCCUGAACCCAUCAGUUCUGUUCCAUCAACUUCUGCCACCGAUCUUCCUACUCCGGCUGCUAGCUCUGCCGCUGCCAAUCGGUUAACGGAAGAGUUGAACGGAUCUGGAGCGAGAAAAGCGGCAGCCAGCCCAAGCAAGCAAAAACCCCUUCCCAAAAAACCUGACGUUCCCCCCAAACCCGACGUCCACAAUAAAAGUGCAGCAAAAAUGAAGACUCCCAUCAAGCAACCCAACGCAACUGGAGCGAAAUCAUCGACGUCUGAUUCUAGGUCCCCAGCCAUGGAACAAAGUAGAUCGGAAGCAUUUAAGAAAAAUAUGGAAAUUAUUUCCACCCUUGCUGAUAUCCUAUUAUCUUAUCCCAAAAGAAAUAAACAUCCUGAUCCUACAGACAAUCCUACUCCAUCAACCUCAUCGACACCAUCGACUACUACAGUGGACACCACUACCAACCAACCACAACAAAACGCAACAAACAUUCAAGAACCAAAACCUAAGAAAAUGAAAUCAAAUCUGAAUCUCGAACGCAUUCUAUCGAUACUGCAAAGUACACAAAACCCACCUGCCAACGACAACGAAGCAAGCAGUAUCCUCGGUUCUGGUUCCCCAGGUGCAGACGCUAGGCAGCCUUCAUCCUCACAAUCGCCAUCACCAUCUGCAUCCGUGUCACUUCCUGCAUCAGUGCUGAUGCCGAGUGCCGAUCCAACUUCACCCCAUCAAACCCUCCUAACAAAAGAUGCUAUCCGUAUUUUGAUGCCUACCUUGCAGGAGGUAAACGUAAAGUUCAACGUCGAAAAACAAUUGGCGGCUCUCAAUGCGACCGCCGCUGCUGCCAAACUAAUGCCCAAAACGCUUCCGGUCGGUACUGAAACAACUGAAGAGGAUGAGUUUGAAGAAGAAUUUGAGGAAGAAGAAGAAUCUAUUGAAUACAAAUUCACCCCAAGACAGGUUUUUCUCGCCACUAACUGUCAGAUAUGUAAGAACCCACUCAGAAACAUUGUCCAAUGUGAAAAAUGCGGUAUGGUCUCGUACUGUAGUGAAGAGCAUCGGCGCUCCGAUUUAGCUACUCACAAGGAUCUUUGUAGUGUUAUCGUUGAACAUGCAACGCGACGAGGUGGUCACAUUUACAAUAUGGCACACAAGUUAACAGACGAUGAAUAUCGGAAUCUUCGCGUUCAUACGCUGAACCAAUCGGAACGAAUGUUGAAACGUUCUCUUCAACCAUUCGAACGAGAAAUUCUCCUUUUCCCACGAACGUGCUGCUCUCCGAGUUGUCGUGAGUGGAGACAAGAUCUGUUGACCGAGUGCAAAGAAUGUCGUCAAAUUUCCUUUUGCAUCGACCAUCCUGACCAUCUGUUGGCGACCCAUAAACAAUGGUGCAAACCAUUUUUCCUUUUCCAAAAGCUAAUUCUUCGACAGAAACUUCUUGGCCGUAUAGAGCCUGUAUUACCAGUUCGAGUGACCAAUAAACCAUUUGUCAUUCCUCCAAACAUCGAUGAGGUUCUCAAGUUCCUCUAUAAAAAUUCAAACGCACUACGAGAUGAAUGCGUUUACGCAACGCUAACACAGAUCGCCACCGCACCGUUGACCGCAAUCCAUGGAUUCCUACGGACAGGUCUGAAACCAUCAGAAACCUUCAUCAUACAUUUAGUCGGUGCAGAACUGCAGUUUGAAGGUGACACCCUGGACAAGUGGGAAGCAUUCUUCCUUCACAUUGUGCCGGAAAUCACCGAGCUAAGGGUGGUGUUCAUUGGCCCCGAACUGAAUGUCGAAAAUCUACCCAUCGAUAUAAUCAGCCGAAUUAGGAUGUGCCGAAGUUGUCGCCUCAAGUGCCGUGUGGUAAAAUUCGACUUCCAGUGCAAACGAUUCUAUCACGAGUACCAACAGGAUCACGGCUGCUAUACCAAACCGGACCUAAUUUGCUUCUUCAAUCCAAUCCUGCAUUCAAUCAGCGCCUAUCAAGGCUUCGACACUUGGCCAGAUACCUUAGAUGCAGUCGCAGCUGCCAACUGUCCGAUCGUCGUUACGUCCUAUACGGAACUUGACUGCCCAUUGGACUUGAUUCGUCUGCAGAAAGAAGUGAUCCGACCGUUGCAGAUUAUCCAGUCACCCGCCCUGAAUCCGUACGGGUCGAAACGCCCCGAUCGCAACUUUAUAUCAGAUGAUGUUGUGCCGUUGAUAUUUAAGAAUUAUUAUUACUUUGUAGUGAUGUGAGCAAAGAUUUGGAACUUAUGGUGUCGUGUUCGUAUAUCCUUAUGAUCCCCUUAAUUGAUUUCCUAUAAUUUCCAUUUUGUCAGUAAGAUAAAGCCUUAAAACAAAUAUGUGUUUCAACUAUUGUCAAGUAAAAAUCCCUUAUCUUUUUA